UCGACCUUGGUGUGGCUAACUUCACAGCUUACAUAAUAACAUCAUUCAUUCGCAUUCGCAGUGUAUUAAAUGAAUAAAGUUGUAGUGAAAUGUACCUUAACUCAUAACUUGUACCUAGUCUGUGGUUGGAUAUCGAGUGGUUUGGUGUGUUUGGUUUGUGUCGUGUGGUAACUGGUGUACCUACUACCUACCUAAACAAUGGCUAAAGUGACUAUUGCUCAAGGAACAUUAAGAGGCUCCAAAGUGAAAACUGACAGCGGUGUAGAUUAUUAUGAGUUCCUGAGUGUUCCGUACGCAAAACCACCGGUUGGAGAUUUGAGAUUUAAAAGCCCUCAGCCCCCUGAGCCCUGGGAAGGUGAGAGAGAUGCUACGUCCAUUGAUGAAAAUAACAUUUGCUGCCAAAUCGAUGUAAAGAAAGGAAUUCAACAGGGAAGCGAGGAUUGUCUCUAUCUCAAUGUUUAUACACCAAGGCUGCGCAGUUCCGAUACCAAUCUACUGCCGGUAAUGUUCUUCAUUCAUGGGGGCGGCUUUGUUUACAGCAAUGGCAUCGUCAAAGAAGAGUUAGGGCCAGAUUACCUGAUCGAAAAUGGCGUAGUCGUAGUUACAAUUAAUUACAGACUGGGUGUAUUUGGCUUUUUACAAUUGGGCAUCCCAGAAGCUGCUGGAAACAUGGGCUUAAAGGACCAAGUUCAAGCACUAAAAUGGGUGCAAAAUAACAUCGACAAGUUUGGUGGAGAUCGUAAUAACGUAACAAUUUUCGGGAUAAGUGCUGGAUCAGCAUCGGUGGAGUACCUCAUGCUAUCGCCGUUAGCAAAAGGACUUUUCCACAAGGCAAUCCUACAAUCGGGUUCCACUCUCAACCAUUGGGCAAUCAAUUUUGAACCUGAAAAGAUAAUUAUAAAAUUGCUUGAUUUAUUGGGAUACAAUGGUAACACUGAAGACAACCGAGCCAUUUACGAGUUUCUGUUGAAGAUACCUGCCUCCCAGAUAGUGGAGCCGUGUUAUAAACUCAUAGGAGAUUAUAGUCAUCGUGAUAGCUUUUUCUGUGGAUUUGUCCCCACUGUUGAAAAAGAUUUUGGGAAUAAUGAAUCGUUUAUGUCCGAAAAUCCUUACAAAAUGUUAAAAGAAGGGAAUUUCAAUCAUGUACCUGUCAUAAAGGGAUUUUGCAAUAGGGAAGGCUAUUUAACUAGCGUUUUUAAUCCAAAUGCAUUGCGGAACUUGAUUGGAACCAAUAAAUUUAUUCAGUUUUGGGGUUACGAGAUGGAAGCGAGUGACGAGCCAAAAUGGGAAUCAAGUCUUUUAAACGCUUAUACGGAAAAUAUACAACCGGAUGAUGAAAUUGACAAAAUAGCAGUAGAUUUCUUUGGAGAUUUCGAUUUUGUGGCGGGAAUUUGGCUGAGCGGCGAUGUAAUGGCCAAUUUAGGUUUGCCGGUGUAUUUUUAUGAACUUUGUUAUGACGGAAAUAUAAACUUCUUUAAACAAAUGUUUGGAAUGAAGAGAAUAGGCGCUGCUCAUGGUGAUGAUUUAGCUUAUAUUUUUAAACACACAAUAACAAAAUUUGCUGACGAAAAAGACAUUGCAGUGAAGACAAAAAUGACGAAACUUUGGACGAACUUUGCAAAAACAAGUGUGCCAACAUGUGAUGAUAUUUCUGUUGAUUGGCCAGCAUUCAACAAAAAUUCACCAGUUUACCUAAGCAUCGAUGAAGACAUAACCAUCAAAUCUAAUUACGAACCCAAAAAGAUGGCUAUAUUCAAAGAAAUUUACGAAAAGUAUGAGAAAUAAGAAACAAAAUUAGUCGAAUCAAUGAAGACGUAAAACAGCCAGCUCCGAGAAACAGCUCCGAUUUUGAUGUUUAUUUUUUUGUAU